AUGAGACAACCCCAAACCCGCAUUAGCAUUCACGCUACCCCUAUGGCACUUUCUUCUCUCAUCCAUCAUCGCGCCAGCAGCACGGCCGCGAGGAUGAAGGCCGUCACAGUAUCCUCGAGGAUCAGGCCCAACCUGCCGCAACCCUCAGCCCAAGACACACACACUAUCAGUUUGAACAAAAGCAGAUUCAACGCCAUUCCCAGUGUCAAAACAAGAAGGGACCGCCUUGACCUUGACCUUGACCUUGCCCGCCAGCAGGCAAAUGGUUCUCUCUCCCACUACAUGUCCCAUUCUUAUACCACUGGCAUCGAUAGUACCUCCAUGUCAUCACAUGCACUAGCAACAACCCGCCUCCAUCCAUUUACGGUCAUGAUGCUUCGGUAUCAGACGCUUGCAGUCAGGAAUAACCAGGUUCAUUACCCCGAGGAGGAGGUUCAGAAGGGCAGAAUGGAUAACAAGGAACGGGUCGACGGUCAAGGAGACGGUACCAAGGAGGAGCACAGCGAGAGAAAUAUGGGGUUGAACAAGAGGGAAACUAAGAAUUAG